AUGAAUACCCGUUGGCCAGAGAUUGGGAGCACUAUAGAGUUAAUAAAGGCUCAAGAUACCGAUUUGGUACUCGCUCACGAACUCAUGCAUGAACGAGGAAGACUCGAGCAAGAGUUUGUCGAUAGUCUGCGCAAAUUGGUCGAAAAGCACAAGUCGCACUCCGAGUUUGGAGAUAGAGAGUACUCAAAGGUACGCGUCACUGCAUUUGAACAAGGUGGGAGACCUACCUUGUCACCUCAAGGAUCAUGCCUCAUGCGCGUAGAAAUCGAGGCUCGCUCCGAUCUGAAUCCAGAUAUACCCGAGCGUGCUGUGAUAGAGACAAUGGUGAAACAGCCUGAUUUGCCAAAAUUGCGACUCAAGGAUUAUCCAGGAGUUGCACCUCAUGACGCACACACGGCACUUGAAGACAAGUAUACAAAGCUAUUGGCAUCAAAGAACGAGCUGGAAGAGUGGUUUGACAAAGAGUGGCGCUGGCCCUGGGAAUGGAAAAUGCCAUUGAUCCCGAGGAAACUUCAAGAGUGGUAUGAAACCAAACUACAACUACAGAUAGAAUCUCACCAUUCGGCUCUGGAGGAUACAAAAGUAGCCAUGAUCAACACAAUGAACGCCAUCAUUGAUCGUACAUCUACGUGCAGUCGGAUAUAUUCCCAUGCGCUCACCAGAGCAUCAGAUUUAGUUCCGUUGAAUCAACGCGCAUCAAUCCAAGCGAGAGUGGAUUUAGACUUAGGUAGCCAGGCAUUUGCCCCGGUGGACUACUACAACUGGUUCUUCGAUGGGCAGACCUCACCCUUGUACUUUGGCACAGGUACCCUACCCCUCGAUUUCUUUGGCAUUGAGGGGUAUCACGAGCGCAUGUCUCACCACCUGUUACAAGUCGACCAUUAUGCGCCAUGGGGACAGACUUUACUGCGGGCUGAGCAGAGCAAUACCCUUGAUAUUUCCUCAGGCGAUAUCACAUUGUUUGAACACGCACAAUAUGGCCCAUUGCUUCCCCUAAACUCAGAAGAGUUUGAACAGCUCAAGUCUGCCAGUUUGGUCUCCAUUACAGCGAAGUUGGCAAAGACUCAACUUGAUGCAGGGAAAAUAUCUAGGCGUGAUCUGAUUGCCCUUUUGGUACCGGAUGAACCGGUAUGGGAACCUCUGGGGUCAGCCAGGCGCAAAGAAUUGCUCGAGCUAGCUAUCAACAAAGUUCCGCGACGGUGGUUCACAUUCCGCAUGGAUUCGGAUCACAUUGUGGAGGCUAUCCAAAAGAAAUGGGAUUUUGAGACCGACAAGCCUUCUCACUCAGAGGAUGAAUUGUAUGACCAAGGCAGCGACUCUGAGGACGAUGGCUACAGAGAGGAACAAGAGGGCUCAAGAACAGCGAUUUCAUUUGAAGGCAAUCUUGAUCCCGAAAUGUUAUACAAUAUAGGCCCUGAACAUGCCGCAAUCGACAUACCCAUUCAAUCCCCUCAUUUGCACCCUGAACCUGACUUUCCUCCCUCUUUUGAGCCCGAAAUUAAUCAAUUUGAUGACCCAAAUACACCAAAUUCCGUUUGUGAUCACGACGAGGCAAUAGAUGGCAUUGUAUAUACUACAAGCCUCCCUAAAGAGCUAGACUCUUACAGGGUAUAUGUCAUCUCUCACCCACUUGCAUCAUUGGAAGAAUCUCGUCCUUCAUAUCAACAAACCGAGUCAAAGCCACUGCAUUGGCCAUUCGAGACCGAAGAGGACUUCCUCCAGGCAGAAAUCUUUGUCAAUAGCGAGAUGACAUGGGAGAAGAUCAACGCACAACUGAAGCUCAAUCUAGAAUACAAGGCAAGCCGAAGAAAGUAA